UCGGGUAGUGACAGUGCUGUUAGCGAUAGCUUUACGGAUGCGUUGAGUAUGCUGGAAGAGCAUAUUUUAGCUGUUGCGCAGCUAAUUAUUUCGUUUGUAUUUAGGCAACAAUGUCUUCAGUUGAGUAUUUGAGAGAGUUUGUCAGCGAGCGACUAACUGCUGCUGCUGAAGAGAUAUUCAGAGUUUUUGAAAUAACUAUCGUCGAGUACGAAGAAGAGAUCGAUCGUCAGCGCAGACUGCUGGACAUCGUCUGGAAACCUGAAAUAAAGUUACACAGGAUAGAGCUUCCACAGCAACAUGUCAGUAGGGAGGAGGAGGUUCUCUCAGACCAGCAGCUCUGUAAUCAGGACAGGGACUCCAGUCUGGACCAAGAGGAGCCAGAACCUCCACAGAUUAAAGAGGAACAGGAGGAGUUGUACACCAGUCAAGAGGGAGAGCAGCUUGUACUGAAGCAGGAGACUGGUGCUUUUAUGUUGACUUCUGCUUAUGAGGAAAGUGAUCACAGUGAACUAGAACCCAGAAGUGACCUCCAGCUCCUCCCUCACAACUCUCAUAUACCUGAGAGCCAAGAUCAGAAAGGAGGCGAGCCUGUAGACUCAGGGUCAACUAGAGAUGCAGAGCCAAAGCCAAAGAAACGGCAUCGCAACAGCAGAAGUAACAAUGAAUACAACUCAGCGGUGUCACAGAUUGACAGUAGUACUCACACAGAUAAAACAUCUUUAAAAUGUGACACUUGUGGGAAAGCUUUCAAGUUUAAGUCAAAAUUGCAGAGACACCUGAGCGUCCACACAGGUGAGAAACCGUACCUUUGCAAGUUCUGCGGGCAAACAUUCGGUUACAUGUCAGUACUGAAAACUCAUAUAAGAAUCCAUACAGGUGAGAAGCCGUACUCGUGCAAAACAUGUGGGAAAGGUUUCACACGUAGCAGCGCCCUGAAAGUCCACAUGAGAAUGCACACAGGUGAGAAGCCGUACCUUUGCAAGACCUGCGGGAAAAGAUUCUGUGCCAUGCCUCCAUUGAAAAGGCAUAUGACAAUCCACACGGGGGAGAAGCCUUUUACUUGCAAAACAUGUGGGAAGAGAUUCUGUCGGACGUCAGAAUUGAACGCUCAUGUGAGAAUCCACACAGGAGAGAAGCCGUAUUCGUGCAAAACCUGUGGGAAAGAUUUCAGACUCAACAGUGUCUUGAAAGUCCACAUGAGGACCCACACAGGUGAGAAGCCGUACCUCUGCAAAACAUGUGGAAGCGAUUUCAGUUGCAGUAGUGGCUUGUUGGUCCACAUGAGAAGAUCCCACAGUGGUGAGAAGCCAUAUAUAACACUGAGGACAAACACCGCGCGGACGUCGGUGUUGUGUAGCUCCUGUCUGCUGCCGCUGUCUUUCUUCUUUCCUACAAUGGAAAAGUCUUCAGUGAAUUGCUUGAAAAAGUUCGUCAACGAGCGACUCAUUGCCGCUGCUGAAGAAAUAUUUGGGGUCUUUGAAAAAGCUUUGUCGGUCUACGAGGAGGAGAUCGCUCGGCAGCGCAAACUGUUGGAUAUCGUCCUGAAGCCCGAGAUAAAACUACGACGGACCGAGAUAUCCCAGUCUGUCUGUGAUAACGAGGUUCUCGCUGACCAGCAACUCUGGAACCAGGAGAGGAACUCCAGCCUGGACCAAGAGAAGCCAGAACCUCCACAGAUUAAAAAGGAACAGGAGGAGCAGCUUGUACUGAAUCAAGAGAGUGGCUUGUCUAAGUUAAGGCCUACUUGUGAGGGAAGUGAUCACAGUGAUGACCAGUCUCUACUUCUGGAUAGGCUGCCACCGGCCAGCAUCUCAGUUGUCGUAAUGAAAUCUGAAUCUGAUGGAGAGGGCUCGGGUGUAUCAGAACCAAACGCUGACCACCACCUUUCUCACAACUCUCACAGAGCUAAAAGCCAAGACCACAAAAGAGGACACCAAGAGAAUACAAGUACUGAUCAGUCACAAGAAAACAAACACUUCAAAUGUCUCUUUUGCACUGAGGAGUUUCAUGAUUUUUUGAAGUUAAAACUUCACAUCAGGACCCACACUGGUGAAAAGCGUUUCAAAUGUGACACUUGCGGGAAAGGGUUCACCCAGAAGGCACUGAUGAGGAAACACAUGAUGACCCAUACGGGGGUAAAGCCCUUCAGAUGCAGAGUUUGUGGAAAGGAAUUCAACUGUCCGUCAAACCGCGGCACUCACAUGAAAACUCACACGGGAGAGAAGCCUCAUGCUUGCAUCACCUGCGGGAAAAGCUUCAGCCGUGGCACAGACCUGAGGAGGCACAACAGAACUCACACGGGGGAGAAACCGUACAUCUGCGUCCACUGCGGGAAGGAGUUCUCUUACCACUCAUCUCUCACCUAUCACGUCCGAGUGCAUACAGGGGAGAAACCUUACCGCUGUAUUUGGUGUGGGAAAAGGUUUGCUGUCAGCACAACGUUGAAAAUACACACCAGAGUCCAUACGGGGGAGAAGCCAUAUAAAUGCAACAUUUGUGGAAGAAAUUUUGCUCAAAACACAGGACUGAGGUUACACAGGAGGAUCCAUGCACGGGAGAAACAACAGAGCUGAAGAUUCUUUUGAGAAAUGCUGAAAGAGUUCAGAGCUCGCACAAAAGCUUCCACAGCAACAUGCCUGUACAGAGGAGGAGGAGGAGCUCUGUGACCAGGAGAGGAGCUCCAGUCUGGAUCAAGAGGAGCCAGAACCUCCGCAGGUUAAAGAGGAACAGGAGGAGCUGUGCACCAGUCAGGAGGGAGAACACCUUGUACUGAAGCAGGAGGAUGAUUUCUUAAAGACAAGUUGUACUUAUGAGAGAAGUGACAAUAGCAAUGGCUGGAGUGCACGAUUGGAUCCUGAUCAAAAUCAAACCGCCGCAGACAGCGAGCCUCCAGACAGUGUUUCAUGUAAAACGACCAUAUCUGAAUCUGAAAGAGAGAGGCCUAGAGGACCAGAACAAAUCAGUGACCAUCAGCCACUUUUUCACACCUCUCAUUUAGCAGAUAACAAAGAUUGCAAAGGUGGCAACCGUGGAAAUGCAGCAAACCCAAAGAAAAACACAGUAUCAGCGACCUAUUCUCAGCUUAAACCAAGUGACAGAUCUUUCAAGUGCAACAUCUGCAGUGAAGACUUUAAUUUGUAUACGCAGCUUGAAGUUCACAAGAGGACUCACACUGCUGAGAAGCCUUUCAUUUGCACUGUUUGUGGAAGGGGAUUCAGCUUCAGCCGUUACCUCAGACAACACAUGAUAACCCACUCGGUCGAGAGGCCCUACAGUUGCAACACAUGUUGGAAGAGCUUCCGCCGUUUUGAACAUUUGCAAGUUCACACGAGAAGUCACACGGGUGAAAAGCCUUACAGAUGUGUUUACUGUGAGAAGGCGUUUUCUUCGAGAAGAGCUUUGACCAAACACGUCCAGUUGCAUACGGGUGAGAAGCCUUAUAGCUGCGGCACUUGGGGAGAGCUUUUACGACAGGAGCAAAAACUAAGAGAGACUUCCAAAGAGAAGAGUCCACCAACCACUCAACCCGGAAGAAGCAAAUUCCUCUCCAGCCAAAGAUUUUUGUGAUAUUUUUUCCACUAAGGGUGUUUAUUUGACUUAACUAGAAAUUAUUGUUCUAUGUGCCUGCAGAUCUCAAUUUUUAGCAGAAAAAAAGUUUUCUGCACAAGAAAGAAACUCAGGGAAGUUAACCUGAAAUUGUAGGGAUAUGUGUUAAAGAGAGUUGUCAUGUUUCAUUUUUUGGUAAUGUAUUUUGACCCGAGUUUAAUUAUUUUCCUUUUAUUCAUUUAUUACUGCAUUUGUAAUUGACCAAAGUAAAACCAUGAUGCAUAGUAACUGAAAUAAAUUAAACUGUAGAUGCUUUAAAAUAUACAUUUUUUUGGUUAUAUUUAUGUGGGUUCUUGCUCAUAAUAUAAAGUGGCAGACUCAUUAGGAAAGGAAACUAUGACCCAGGAAUAUAUUGUGGAAACUUGAAUGAGUAAUGCUGAAGCAAAAGGGAACAAUACAGCACUACUGAGACAUGUGUUAAUAUAAAUGAGUUAAAAACUGUGGUUUCAAAUCCCGUUUGGGGUAAAACAAGGAGAUGCUUUGUUGUGUUGAGUGUGGGGAAACUGAGCAAGGUAUCCCAUUUGUAAUAACACAAAGUGGAGAAGUGUACUGACAAGUCCACAUUUCAGACUGUUUUUGGAAAUUGUGGACGUCGUGUCCUCCGGGUACCACUAAGCCACCAUUAAUGCUGGAAGGUGCAUACAGGUCUUGGAGCAACAUACGCUGCCAUCUAGAUGAUAUGUUUUUCAGGGAUGUUCCUGCUUAUUCCAGGAACAAUGUCAAGCAACAUUCUGCGUGUAUUAUGACAGCGAACUUUCUU